AUGUAGAAAAGACUAAAGAAUAUAUCUAAAACAAAUAAAUUAGUUAGAGAAAUGUCUUCAAGAAGCAGUAAAAUGUGCUAUUUGAUUACUAAAGAUUUAGUGGGAUUAUACUUUUAAGUUGUUCUAAAUGAACAGAAAGAAAUAUAAAAAAGAAUGGAAAAUUUAAAUAUGUCUGAUGGAAAAUAAAACUGGAAGUAGUUGUAGAAAUUUUUUGGAAUUUCAAAAAUAAAGAUGGAGAACAUAAAAGUAAAAAAGUCUGUAAGAUCUCCUUCUAAAAAAGAUAGAAUAUUCUCGUCUAGCAGUACAUUAAAUAAGCUAUAAACCUAAAAUUCGAAUGAAUAAAAUUUAGAAGAUAAUUCGAUUGAAGAUAACUAAUAAGAAAAUGGGGCAAAUGAAGAUUUAGAAAAUAAAAUAAAAAACAAAUUUGUCCGAAACAACCUAAAGAAGCUUAAAACUUUAUUAGUUUCUAAUCCGAAUGUUGAGUUUUCUCAUAGGAAAAGUACGAGAAUUUUGUAACCAAAUGAGACUCAUAUUAAUUCUAAUUAUCAAACAUUUCAUCCUAAAGGAUUUUUAAAAACACUGAAAACGUAAAAAAGCGAAGAAAUAAAUGAUUUUAAUUUUUAAUAGAAAUAAUAACAAAUUGUGUAAAACAUUGAGGAACUAAAAUAAUAUCCUUCUAAAAUGUAAAAAAAUUAUGCUAUGAAUUUUUAGCACGAGAAUUCAGGUGCUCAACGAAAAGCUUCUUAUAAAAAUAAUUUAUAAAAUUUUAACUAAUUCAAUAAUAAAUAACAAUAACCAAAAGGUGAUGACAUUGAAAAUUUACCAGAUCUUUAAAAUUAGCUAGAGUUUUUAAAUGAAAUAUUAAUGGAUUUAGUUAGCGAAGAAUCUGUCAUAUUAGAUGAAAAAUAGCAUUAAAUUGAUGAGUAUAAUGAAACAUGUGCAGAAGCUGAAGUAGAUGAUGAUAAUGCAUAACUUUUUGAGAUUGAAAAAAUUGACAGAACAAAUAAGAGAUAACAAAAAAUUAUGUUUGAAAAUUUUUUAGAAAAAUAUGAUAAAAACAAGUUAGAUUUAAAUAGAAACAAUCCAAUACAAAGAGCAAAAUCUCAAGUUAGAUCUAAGACAGUUAUUUAAGAAGUUACAGAAUCUAAUAAUGAUUCAUCUGAGUUCAACAGGAGAGGAAAAGACAUUCUAAACAUUACUUUGAAUUCUAAAGGUGAUUCUUCAUAUAGGAUUGAUUUAGUUGAUGAAGAGCAAACUAAGUAAAAUAAAAUACCAUUAAGUGGAUCCAGACUGUUGAUUGGAGAGUAAAAAUCUAAUAGUCUGCAAAAUUCCAUUGAUUUAGACUAAAUCUAUAUGGAAAGUAGCUAAAGACUAAAAAAUGCUCAUAAUGAAAAUAAAAGCCAGCAAUCAGCAAAAUUUAGAUGCUAUAAAAACUAAAAUCAAAAUUCAAGAAACCAGAGCUUUGAAAAUUUAUCUGAUAGAAAAAAAACUUAAAUCAAACAUGAAAGUUAUUAAAAUUUAUUUGAAAAUAGAUAUUCUCCUGGCUAAAGAAUGACCAUAAUAAAUAAAAAGAAACCACAGGGAUUAACUCGUGCUAAAACUAUGUUUGUAAAAAAUGAUAAUAUAUCAAAAAAUUGUAUUUAAGAAUGUAGUAGUGAUGAAGAGGAUGAGUUAAAUAACUCUGAUAUGUAAAAUAAAGAUUAAAUUUAAGAUAAUUAAUAAUAGAUAUUCAGAAAUCAUUAUAAUAAAAGAUAUUUCAAAUCCAAUUCUUUCAAUAAUUUAGUAUAGAAUAGAAAUUACAAAAAACAUUAAAGUUUUAAUUAAAAUAAUUAUGGGGAGAUUGAAUCUGAGUAGAGAUCAAAUUAAUAACAAUAAUCAGGACGGAUUCCACAACAAAUAGAAGAUUCAUUAAAAUUAGAUGAUAUUUAAUGCUUAAAUGAAUAAAAUGAUGAAAAAAAGAGAGAAGAAAUUUAUACGACUAAUAAAAUAUGUAAGGAAUCAUAAAAAAGUUCUAUUUAAAAUAUAAAUCUUAACAAUAAAAAUUAAGAAAUUAAUAACAAAUAAUCUGAUUUCAAUGUAAAUUUUAAAUAUUUUGAAAAUAAAAACUUAAAAAAUGAAUAGGAUUUAAGUAUAGCAAAUAAAAGCUUCCCAUAAGAUAAUCAUAAUCAAAAUAAUUAAAAAUAAAAUAUUGCAUCAGAUUAAUUUUUAACAUCUGGUGAUGAAUACUCCACAAAUAAAAACUCUAUAUUUGCAGAGAGUGAUGAAUUGGAUAACAACCAUUUAAAGCUUUAGAAACUUAAAUAUGAUUUCGAAAAUAAUAUUUUAGUGAGGCAAUUAAGUAAAUAACAAAGCAAUAAAUAAAUUGUAAAUAAGUAAAUAAGCUAAAAAUGA